UGUCGCUUGAUGCUGGUCUCAAGAUGUCGCUCAUUCUUUCUGUACCGAAGCUGAAACCCAAAUGCGCAUCGCUGACCGACGCAUCUUUUUAAAACGAACCAGCUGCACUCCCUAAAAACGGCGUUUUACAUGUAAUACGGGACAAGGAGCAACCAGAAAAGGAACGCAAAUGGGAGAUUAUCAAAUGUUUGGAGCACUCGAGAUUUUACAGUGUAUAAAAUCAGUGUAAAUAACGGAUAAGCGUUUCACCGGGUGACCGAUUAGGGCGCGAGACGGGAUUUUGUUGUCAAACAAGUAAACUAACACAUGUGGUAAAAUGUCAACAUCUGUCUCCAAAUCUGUUCCAGCUGUAAAUGGAGCAGGAUUUUCGGAGGGCUCUCUGUGAAGUGCGAUGGAAUAAAAUGCUGCGCAUUCCUGCUUCUACUACAGGUUACUUGAAUCUUAAACGCACCUAAGUCGGGAAUUUAUUCCUGACCGUUUCGUGUUUAGGCUUUUGCUGUCUUCUGCAACGCAACGAGGAGGAUGGUCUUUGCCCUACAUUUGAUUGUCAUGUCUUCGGCGUUUUUCAAUCCCAGUUUUGCCUUCAGCUCCCACUUUGAUACAGACGGGGCUCCGCUGAGCGAGCUGUCGUGGCCUUCAUCCCUGGCAGUGGUAGCUGUCUCCUUCUCUGGCCUCUUCACCUUCGUCUUCCUCAUGCUGGCCUGCCUCUGCUGCAAGAAGGGCGACAUAGGCUUCAAGGAGUUUGAAAACACUGAGGGAGAGGAGUACCAGGCAGAUCUCUCCGCCCUGGCCUCGCCUUCCUCCCAGAAUGGCCCAGAGGUCUACGUCCUUCCCCUCACUGAGGUCUCCCUGCCUGUCUCCAAACAGCCUGGCAGAUCCAUCCAGCUGCUGAAAUCAUCAGACCUUGGCCGACAUAGUCUACUCUAUCUAAAGGAGAUUGGACAUGGCUGGUUUGGCAAGGUUCUGCUGGGCGAGGUCAAUGCGGGCCUCCGCACCACCCAGGUGGUGGUAAAGGAGCUGAAGGCCAGUGCCAGUGUCCAGGAUCAGAUGCAGUUCCUGGAGGAGGUGCAGCCAUACCGAACCCUUCAGCACCCUGCCCUCCUGCAGUGCCUGGCACAGUGCUCAGAGGUCACUCCUUAUCUGCUGGUCAUGGAGUUUUGCCCUCUGGGUGAUCUGAAGAGCUACCUGCGCAGUUGUCGGGUGGCUGACUCCGAGACUCCUGACCCUUUGAUACUCCAGCGAAUGGUGUGUGACAUUGCCUCAGGGCUUCUGCACCUCCACAAAUACAACUUUAUACACAGUGACCUGGCCUUGCGAAACUGCCUGCUAACUUCAGAAAUAUCAGUUAAGAUCGGAGACUAUGGCCUUUCUCACAACCGAUACAAGGAUGACUAUUAUGUAACACAAGACCAGAUUUGGGUGCCCCUGCGCUGGAUUGCACCUGAGCUCAUAGAUGAGGUCCAUGGAAACCUGCUUGUCGUUGACCAAACAAAAUCCAGCAACAUAUGGUCAUUGGGGGUGACUGUGUGGGAGCUGUUUGAGCUGGGAAACCAGCCGUACAGACACUACUCUGACAGACAGGUGCUGACAUAUGCUGUGAAGGAACAGCAGCUCAAACUACCCAAACCCCAGCUCCAAUUCCCCCUGGCUGAGCGCUGGUAUGAGGUGAUGCAGUUCUGCUGGCUGCAGCCAGAGCUGAGACCCAGCAGUGAGGAACUACACCUUCUGGUCACAUACUUGUGUGCCAAAGGCUCCAGUGAGGCUGAGGAAGACUUUGAACAACGUUGGAAUACCUUGAGACCCAACCUGCUUGGUAGCACCUCCCACACAACUACGUCUACAGCCUUAAUCCUGACUCCUACAUCUGCCUCAGCUGACAUCCCCAGUGCAGACCAAACUCAGGCAGUGGAGCUGGCCUCCUCUGCCUCGUCCUCCUUCCCCCUCCUGGAGCACUUCUCUGACAGCUUCCACUCUGACACAGGGGACGACCUUCUGACUGUCACAGAGACCAGCCAUGGUCUCAACUUUGAGUACAAGUGGGAGCAGGCCCGAGCUGAGCAGCCCUACUGCUCCUCCUCCACAAGUGGGCCACUGGGCCAGGGGAACCCACAUUACCAGGAUAUCUACUAUUCAAGUAAAGGAAGCACCUCAGGGGGCUGUAAGACUGAUAGCCUGACCUCAAGCAUAUCCCCAUCCUACUAUGAACCUGAACACCCGGGUGUGGUCCCAGUGUUGAGUGCCCACAGCCCCUCCGUAAGUAGCGAGUACUACAUUCGCAUUGAGGAACCAGUAGAGUGUAAUAUUAACCUGGAUGACAGCAUGGUGGAGAACAGCCCAGGACUGGAGGCCAGCAGCAGCAGGUUGUCCUCUGAGAGUCGGACUGGUUCAUCCAUGGCACAGCCCAGUGCUUACUGGUCAACUGCUGACAACACCAAAUCUACUGCCUAUGACUCUGAUUUAAGCCCCACUGUCCAACUAACCAUGGAGCCACUGCUGAGGCAGGCAUCCAGCACCAGCCCUGUAAAGUUAGGCCACUCCCACAACUGCUUCUCAUCCAGUCAGGAAGACACAGUCUACUGUCAACAGUCAUCAGCAUACAAGACAUGUCGCCAAUCCUGUCUGUCUGAACAGGAUACAUCACCAGAGUCCAGAUCAAACCUUGUCCAUCCAGUGGGGCGUUUAGAAAACCCACGCAGUUUAUUACAAGCAGUCAGCAGCCCCAGCUUAGGGUUCUGCGAUCCCUACCUUGAAGCGAGCACGGGUCGUAGCACGGUUAGUGAAAGCUGCCAUAAUAUGAUGGGUCCCCUCAGAAAGACACUACCCAUUGUUAACCACAUUAGCAUUGAUGUAGGAACAGACGACGGCCUGCUGGUGGGCCAGCGGAGUGGUGAAGACAUUGAGGAUGACCUUUUCUCUGAAGGAGAGGCCACUAACUGGACCUCAAACCAUUCAGCAAACAAUAAUAGCCUGAGCUUUGACAGCAGGCAGACAGGCAGUGGGCAUGACAGCUAUCUGGACGUUCAAUAUACUGUUCACUCUAACACAACAGAAUUAUGGUCUUUGACCAAGGCCACCACCAGAACCUUCCACAGCUCCAGGUCUAGUGGCACCUUGGAGGCAGAAGGAGUAGACUCUAGUUGUAACACUGCUAGCAAGCCCACUGAAUUAGGUUUAUACAUUCACUUAUGUCACAAAGAAAGAGAGGAAGCUGCCACUCAAGUGGAAAGGAACUUAACUGCAGAAAAUCUAAGAAGUAUUGAUUCUCAUACCAGCUCAAGUAUUAAUCCCAGAGGUACAGAGGGUGGAAAAAUGGACGGAAAAUAUGAAAAGCAACUGUUACUUAAUGGAGAGAGACUGUACUCUGAGCCUAAGAUGAUACCUGAGGCAAGCUAUAUAAAGUCUCCAUCAUCUUUCAAAGAGCCUCAGACUGGUCAAACAGGAGCCUUGUCAGUCAAGCAGAGAGGUAACAUCUGGGAAGGGGUUUCAACAGGAAUCUCUGUUGGCCUGGGAGAAAAGAGGCUGAAUUAUCCAGUGACAUCAGAAAGUAGCAGAGCAUUGGACAGUGGAGUGAGAGUCAGAAAUUCCAGCAUUAGCAUGGCUGAGCUUGGUGACUACAGUGAGGAUGAUGAUGACGACAUCACAGAUAUUACGUCAGGGAUCUUUACUGACUUCAACCUGGACUAUGCUGAGGUAGAGGAAGAAGAGCUGAGCCCACUGAAGAAUCCAGAUGGAACUCCUGACUCUGUGGACACCCUUAACCUGUCCUCAUCAAUGGCAAGCACCUGUGAUCAGGCCUUCAGCCCUGAUCCCUUCAAUACCCCUGUCCUACCCAAAUCCCUGGACAGUGGCUAUGACACAGAGAACAAUGAAUCUCCAGAGUUCCUCUUCAAAGAGCUUGGAGAUCCCCGGGGUGGUGAGAGGAGCCCGAGGCUUGGGGGAGAACCUGAACUAGUUCUGCAGGUGGGUUUGGGCCAAGGGGUCUGCACUUCCACAAGCACAUCAGAGCUACAGUUAAAGGGCCUGACUGAUAAGAACCCAUACAGGGACUCAGCCUAUUUCUCUGACUAUGAUGCUGAAAAUGAGAGGAGCCCUCGAAAGGAAGGCAGCAAGUUAUAUGCAGGUACAAGUAACCAUGACUUCUCUGUUGAGAAAUGGAGCUCAAUUAGAGAUGAUGAUGCUGUCAAAAGGCAAUUCAAUGAGGAACGUUUAACUAAUCUGAGACACAUCAAAAGUUGUGUUUUGGUGAAUCUCUCAGAGGAUGACCCUAGUUCACCACAUCCCCUUCCCACCCCUGGGUUGUCCAUGCUGUCGCCGUUUCCUCCGCAGAUGGGUGGCUGCUUGACCAAAGAGUCUGCCCCUGCAGAUGAUGAUCUCGGUUUGGAGACAGAGCACUCAGGAGAGGAGCCUGCCUCAGAGCUCAGCUCCUCCAUUGGGUCUGAACCUUCUUCCACUGUCCAAGAGGCCUCAGGAAACAAUGAGGAGGGGAACAGAAGAGCAGAAGAUUGUUCCCCUGUCCAGUCUUUGCACUCUGACGCCACCAUAACUGACUACAGAGAUGAGGCCAAAGAAAAUGAAAAUGGUGAUGGAUCCACAGAGGAGGAGGAGCUGCCCGAAUUCAUUCAUGUCAAAGAAGAGACGGAGGACAGAAGGGAGGGUGUGAGAAUAAAUGAGGAAGAUUUUGAGGACAUAGAUGCAGAGGAAUGUGACUCACAGGAUAGUUUAUGUGAAGAAUCCAACGGUCCUGCUGACCUGUCCUCUUCCUCGUCAUUGUUGGAGCUGUGUGGAGAAAGCAUGAGAGCUCCGCUGGAGGAGGCGGAGGAUGAAGAUGAUUCAGAUGACAGCGAGUCUGAUGAAGAGUUGAGGACCUACAACAUCCAAGAUGAAGACAGUGAGGAGAGUGAGGAGGAUUUCACCACAGUGCCAGUGGUGGUAAGCGACUGCAGCAGGGCCAGACACCUCCGCAGCCUCCUGAAGAUGCCCACCCUGCUCACCCAGUCCUUCUGUGACGAAUUGGAGAGGAAGAAAAAAGCUGUGUCCUUUUUUGAUGAUGUUACAGUGUUCCUUUUUGACCAGGAGAGCCCCACAGGGGAGCUGGCUGACUACACCUUCUCAGAGUCCAGUGGGCAGGAAUCUUCAGAGGAAAAAACCUCCGACCUCCAGCUGCAACCUGACCCUGAACUUGAUACUCAAUCCUGUGAAACAUUCUGUCUUUCUGAAGAAACAGAUGGGAACAACUCAGAAGAGGGUGGGGGUUAUGAAUGGGAAGAUGACCUCUCGUUUGAGCCCCGCCUGUCCUCACCUAACAUCCCUGAGCCUCAGUCCUCACCCACAUCCACCUCCAACAAUCCUGAGCCUCCUAAACCUGUAGCUGUAGCACUCAACCGUUUUAUGGUCUCUCGAUUCUCUAUCACACAUGUCUCCGACCCCCACAUGAGCUCAGCAACAGCAUACAUAUCUGCUCUGUAAACCACAUGUUCUGUGUUCUACUUUGAUAAAAUCUCAGAAACCAUAAGGGAGAGAUUGGAAUUUUACAUGUUUUGGUUUCGUGAUUGCGCCCCACUAUCUUUGUAUUAAUCUGUCACAAUACUGUUAGAACUUUUUUCCAAAUGGCAGGUCAAAAUCGCUUCAUUUUAAACCAUAUUUACAUAAAGCAGUAAUGUCACCGUUCUAUCAUAGACAGAUUAGGCGGUCACACUGAGCCAGACAGCAGCCUGCUACAGCCACAUUAGUUUUCCUGCUAAAGUCUCCUUCUUAUCUAAGUCACAAACAUGGAUACGUGUCCUGUCCUGCACCUAAGCUUAUUGAACAAACGACUAAACAAACAUUCACUGGGGAAGAGUGUGCUGCUAACAUUGGUCUGGAGGAUAGAUAGAUAGCUAAUUAGCUGGUCAGCUGCAGCUCAACAUAACAGCAUUUAAAGGUACCUGCAAACAUCACUACUGUCCGUCUAGAUGCUCCUGUGGUUCUUACUCUGCAGUGCCACUGCUAACUAUGCACUGUCUGCCCAUGGCAUGUAAGCUACAGUGCAAGUUUGUGUACUUUAUUUUUCUCGUUCUCCUGCCUGCCUGCCUUUUUUCUUCCUUUUAAUAAUAAGAAACGAUUGAUAAUGCAUUUAAAACACUGACAUUAUUUUUGACUAAGUGUGAUUUCAGUUGGAGUUUAAAGUUGGAGAAAAUUCUGAAAUGUUUGUCUAAAAUUCGGUGCACAUGAUACUCCACCAACAAACUUUUUAGCAUAAAAUACCAACCCUUUAUAGCUUUGUGGCUGGUAAAAGAUGGAAGUUGUGUCCUUCACUUUUGUAGCUUGUGUGCGACUUUCUAACAUUGGUGGUGUAAACAAACAACAUAAUACAUAUAACACAAUACAUAAUUAGUAUAUUAAGAGAUAUUUUAGUAAAUAUUUGAUAGUUUGUAGCACACUGAGUAUAAAGAUGUUGAGUGGAGAAGUGAAUUAGAAAUGGUUUGAGAAGUUGCUAUGACCCUUUUUUCCUGCUGUGAAAACUUGUCACCAUUGGAAUCUAUUGCCUCUGGGGAAAAAAAAUCUCUAUGGGGGACAAAACUGCUAAUCUUUAAACAUCACCUUUCAAGCACACAGGCAGGUAAGUAUUUGACACAAAAAAAAUAUUUUGGGUGGAGUAUCACUUCAAGCUGUUUGAUUAGUCUCUCUUACAAUUAAAGCUGCAAUACUUAUUUCUAAUUCAGUUAUUUCCAACAGGGAACAGUGAAGAUAGUCCAAAAGACUGAGUGACCCACGGUCCUGACUGGAGGAGGAUGAGUCCCGGUCCUUCUCAACACAGAAAAGCAGCAUUAUUAUAUCUUGAUGUUUUACAGAGUUUUAUUUUUAUCAAGGUUUGGGGCAUCUGACCCUGGUGACCCUUUAUGAGACAGUGCCUCAUAUUCUAGUGAAAGACCCUCAAUGAUUUGCACACUUAGUUUUUUUUUUUAAUUUUGUGAAGAAAGAGCGAUAGCUGCUGGUAUGGCAACCUGAUUGAGACAACCAGGAGAGUGUAUACAAAAUCAGAUCAUAUUGUUUGCAGAAAUAGAAAUGUGGCAAUGCAGCAUCAAUUUCUUUUGGUGACCUCACAGGUCAUUAAAUUUGUGAAUUUAAAAGAAAAUAACUAAAAGGAGAAAAAAAUAGUGAAAUGACAGGCUUCAAAGCUGCUCCUCUCAUUGGCUGCCUUGGUCCACCUGCUUACCAUCGAUCUGGCAUUUUUAAAGACUAUUACAGCUCUCAUUGUUGGAGCCAGAGAACAAUACUUGAUGAUUGUUGUAUAAGAAGCUGUGGUGGAUUUCCAAACACAAAAUUGGACUUUUUAACAGUCGUGGGUGGUGGUGAUGGUGUUUGAAGAUGGAGUUGCUGAGAUUUAAUUUGUCCCUUAAUCCAAGUCAUAUCCAAAUCAUAUUGAUGGUGGGACUCGGUGGAUUCAGUGUACUAUGUUAAUGGAAACAUAAUACAGGAAAUCAAGGCUUCGUCACUCCCUAAUUAUCACCACAACUCACUCUGAUUAAUGACGACCUACAACAUAUGUCUACAGUAUAAUGUCUGAAGCACUUUGUAUAGCCAAACUAGGUCUUUAUUUGUAGAAGUGAUUCUGUUGCUCUACUUCUCCCCAUCCUGGAAUGAAAUAUCUAAACAUGUGACGUUCCCUAUUUGUGUCCACAGUGCCAGCUACAGGUUCACUUUAUUUUGUGGCAUGUUAGCUUUGUUUAUUUUACAUUUCAUCAGCAAUAGAAUGACACCAAAGGGAGAGGUGUUUCAACACAAUUCACCUGUGUCAUGUCAUAAAUGUUGAAUGUCAGUAUCAUCUUUAUGCAUCUUUUCUAUGUCUACGUAUUGUCCAUAUUCUCAUACAUAAUGUAUUCUAUUACAUUUGUGCUGAAUACCCGGGUUUGAGGUGUAGGAAAAAAGACAUUCAAAAUAUGACAUAUCUCACAUAUUGUAUGAAUGUUUUAUCAACAUGUAGCAGGUAGCUUGACUUGAAUUACUACUGCUGUAUCAACAGCUCCUUCCCCCUCUCUCUCCUUCUGUAGCUCAAAGUGCCAAUUCUGUUUACUCUCACCUUGCCUUUUAAGUUUUACAAGAAGAGAAAACGUCGCUAGUAUUUUUGUACAAUUUGAAAAGAUGCACUCCAGGAUGACAGUCUCUCAAAUUUGCCAAAGAGAUAUUACAAAGCUUAUUGGCUAAAGUGGCAGACACCUUUGUGAAAGGUGAGGUGGGUUGUUCUGUGCACCGGUAGUAGCAUCAUUGCUGUUUCCAUUUCCCCCCCUCACUCAUUGCUAUUGUACUAUCCCAAACAAAUAAAUCCAAAUACUUUUU